AGAGAUGCAUUGAGGUCUCUACCUCUCCAGCUGCAGCCAAUUCAACUGAGUUGAAACAAAUCUAACAAAUUUCUUCUCUUCCUCUCUGUGAAAUGAGUCUUUGGCUGGCUUUCUAUGUGUAAGAUGACAGAAGGAAUCAUCAGCCCAAUGCUGUUCCUAAUGUAAGGAAACAAGGGAAAUACUUCUAUCAAAAUCUGAACAACCCAUUUUGGAGGCACUGGACGGCAGAAUUGCUGGAGUGCCUCAGUUUCUCAUCCUGGGCAGUGAGGAAAACACAGAGCUGGUCCAGCACUGCGUGAACAUCCCACACACAACAACACUCAUCAGGGGAACGAGGCCAUAUGGAGCCAGCAGAGAACCAAAAUGCAGGAAACCACACCCUGCUGACUGAAUUUGUCCUCGCUGGAUUGUCCAGCCGCCCAGAGCUCCAGCACUUGCUGUUCUUCACAAUCUGCUUCAUUUACAGCAUGACUCUCAUCGGGAACCUUCUCAUCUGCACGGUCACAGUGCACCCCACCCUCCAGAUGCCCAUGUACUUCUUCCUCCGCGUCCUGGCCUUCCUGGAUAUUUCCACAGCGUCAGUCGUUGUCCCCAAGAUGCUGGUGAACCUCCUGUCCGAGGACAGGAGCAUCUCCUACCUGGGCUGUGUCACUCAGCUCUACUGCGUGGUUUUCUUGGCGGCCACCGAGUGGUACCUGCUGGCAGCCAUGGCCUACGACCGCUACGUGGCCGUGUGCUGGCCCCUGAGGUACGCUGCCAUCAUGAGCUCCAGGGCCUGCCUCGCCUUGGUGCUGCUCUCCUGCUGCAGUGGCCAAGUGGUGUCGGUGCUGCAGACAGCCUGGGUGUUCACCCUGUCCUUGUGCGGGCCCAGGAGGAUCAAUUACUUCUUCUGUGACAUCCCCCCGCUGCUCGUGCUGUCCUGCACGGACACCUCGCUGUACGAGAGGCAGCUCAUCUCAGCCACCGUGCUCGUCAUCUUCACGCCCUUCUGCCUCAUCCUGCUCUCCUACGCCUGCAUCAUCUCCAGCAUCCUGAAGAUUUCCUCUGCAGAGAGCAGACACAAGGCCUUCUCCACCUGCUCCUCACACCUCACUGUUGUGACGUUGUACUGUGCAAGUGGCACUUUGAUUUACUUACAGCCAAAAUCCAGUAAAGAUGCUAAGAAAAUCCUUGCUCUCAUAUACACAACUGUAAUUCCCACAUUAAACCCCCUGAUUUACAGCCUGAGGAAUAAAGAAGUGAAAGAAGUACUAAUCAGAGUGGUGGCUGUGUUGAUGAAGAAAUAAGGAUUUUCUAGUCCAUGAAUGUCUGGAUUAAAAGCCUUAUUUCCAUUUUUGGUGGGUUCUAAUGGUUUACUAGCUCAGGGGAAACUGCAGGCACAAAGAUCUCUUCCACAACUGUAAAUAUUUUGUCUUUAUUCUUUGCUUCAGAAGCAAAUAAUUUCAAAUUUCUAUCUCAAUUUCUUCCUUAGGAGUACAAUAUAGAUUCCAGAUAUUUCUUCUAAAGCAGAGCACUUCCCAUGUCUAAUUCAGGUAUCCAGGCUGGAACUCCUCACUUCCAUUGCAGUUCACCUCACCCUCUCAUUGAAGAAAUACUCUUUCACAGUGAACUUUCCAGGCUAAGCAUACACUGAUUUAUAGGGGCUACAUGUUUUGCUGUGCCUUUUUUCUUCCUUGUUAUGUUUUCCAUUCCUUCCUGCAAAAGACGCCCACUGAAUGAAAGUGAUAAAAAAAUAUUUCACUUCUUUCAGAGCCUUGUGUUUUUCAUUUAAGGUGUGGGGAAAGUAAAGGAAA